AUGACGAAUUCGAAUCCAUUCCAGAAUGCAUAUUUUGAGCGGUUGGUAGAUUUCCCCGUUGUAAUCUGCCGUCAAUGCCAGUAUGGUGUAUGGCCAAGCCAGAUUGAAGGUCAUUUACAGCAUGCCCACCAUUAUAUAUCGCCGGUGAUCCGGAUUCAACUUGGAGACGAGGUCCGUGGCUGGCCCGAGAUUGCCAUAGAUCCCAUCGAGUUGGAUAUUCCACCCAUCCGAAGCCAGGCUAUCCCCCAGCUGAUCGGUCCAUUAGACGGUUGGCAGUGCCAAUUAUCACCGGGAUCAUGUUUAUAUGUAUGCCCCAGUAUCAGUACCAUGCGGCAACAUUGGUUCAAACAACAUGGUUGGAGCCGGACCUCCCACGUCGGUCAUCCGACUCGAUCCACCAUGCAGACCAUCCAGGAGCAGCAGGAACAGGCGUGUCGACGGGUUUCAUGCCAGCGAAUCUUCCCCCGGAAGACCGGGUCCCAGUAUUUCGCCAUUAUCGAUGAAGAAGAGGACUCCGAUCCCAUUCCCACCACACCUGGAUCCACGAUUUGGGAACAAGCCAGCCGGCAGUACGCCGAGUACGAGAAGCAAGCCGCGGAGCGGAUUCAACAGGGCCAUGUGGAUGAAGCCAAUCCGUGGCUCCGUCGGACGGGCUGGGUGCCGUAUUUGCACUCAUUUCCCAGCACCCAGUUGUUGGAAUAUAUCGACAUGCCCGCCAUGGAUGACGCCGUGAACCACUCCCCCGUGGCCGAUCUCGACGAACAGGCCAUCCAGGCCAUAUGGACGGCCAUGGGCCAGGUGGGACAGAUCAGCCAGCAGUCCGUCAUCCACACCGGCGUGUUUGUGCGCAUGGAAGCCAUCCGAACCGAACGGCAUCAAACCCGGUAUCAGCCACUGGAGGCAUAUCAGGAUCUGGAGACUAUGACGGAGCGUGUUCGUCCAUGGCAGCAGAUGUUGAUGUUUUUUUGGCGGACGCAGCAAUGUGCAUCCGACGAGAGGCAUCCCCCAUAUCGAUUCACCCAACGACAACGUGCCGCAUGGAAUCGACUGGUGCAGGUUGCUCAUCCCCAGAUCCCACCCCAGAAUCCCAGACGGUCCAUAGUAUUGCAACCCGGUCAGCGGCGCCCAUGGGAACUCAGCCCAUCGCCCAUAUCCAGCGAGUCGUCCCACUCCGAAGACGAAUCAUUCACCGACGAUGAUGAGAUGGAUGAGGAUAUCCACGAGGAUCCCGAGCUAGAUCCCAAGCUGGAUCCCGCUCCACAGAGCGCCAUUCCACCAUUAACCCCCCUCCAGCGGGCGUGUUUGGACUUUUGCAUCGAGCUGUUGAACCAGCGUGUGGUACACCGGGAAUACGACUGCGCAUUGACCUUGGGCAUCUCCUGUGUGGAAUGGGAUUCGCGACGUCCCGUCGAUGGAGCAUCGAUUGUAUUGGUGACGCCGGAAUCCGCGGUGAGCGAGACAUUCCAGACCUUUAUUAACCGGAAGCAGUGGACCAAGGAGCUGGACCGCAUUGUGAUCGACGAAUGCCACAUCAUAUUACAGGAAGGAUACCAGUUCCGGAAGCAGAUGGCGCAGCUGGGUGCAUUGGUCCGCGCGGAGACCCAACUCGUGUUAUUAACCGCCACCUUGCCCCGUGAAAGCGAAGCAUUGUUAUGCCAGCGGAUGUAUUUAGAUUCCCCCACGAUCCAGUGGUUCCGCGGCCGGACCAGCCGGACCAACGUGGCAUAUCAAGUGAUCGAGAUUGGCGCCGGUGAGCCAUCUUGUGAUAUAAGCGAGCUGAUGAUUACGUGGAUUCAGCAGCGCGUUCAGCAGCUCCACGAGGGGAAAGUGGUCAUAUAUGCCAAUACGAUUGCCACCGUCCAGCGGAUUGCCCAUCAACUGCAAUGUCCCGCUUAUUACAGCCAGGCGGUGGAUAAAAAGGGGAUGUUAGCAUCAUUCCAGAAGCAGAAUCCCGGGGUGAUCGUGGCCACGAGUGCGUUGGGAAUGGGGAUUGAUAUCCCCGAUAUCCGGCUGGUGAUCCACGUGGGCCGGACGCGGUCCUUGUUGGAUUAUGGACAGGAAAGUGGACGAGCCGGACGCGAUGGGGCCGCCAGCCAGGCGAUCAUGUUAAUCGAUGGCCACGGAGCGGGUUGGGGGGAUCCGCCCACGGUGGAUUCGCGGGUGCAGGAAUACCUUGGCGGUGGUUGUCGACGGCGGGCAUUAGAUAUAUAUUUAGACGGGACGGUGGAUGGAUAUACACGGCAGCAGUGUGAGGACGGUGAGGCGAUAUGUGACCAGUGUCAGAGUAGUAUAGAUCCCAAUCCCGCCAGUCCGAAUGCCAGUCCCAAUGGCUGGCUGAGUGCCCGCCAGAAUAACAGACAGGAAGCCAGUGAUUCGGCCAGUGAUUCGGCCAGUGAUUCGGCCAGUGAUUCGGCCAGUGAUUCGGCCAGUGAUCCAGCCAGUGAUCCAGCCAGUGAUUCGGCCAGUGAUUCGGCCAGUGAUCCAGCCAGUGAUCCAGCCAGUGAUUUGGCCAGUGAUUCGGCCAGUGAUCCAGCCAGUGAUCCAGCCAGUGAUUCGGCCAGUGAUUCGGCCAGUGAUCCAGGCAGAGAUCCAGGCAGUGAUUCGGCCAGUGAUCCAGGCAGAGAUCCAGGCAGAGAUCCAGGCAGUGAUUCGGCCAGUGAUCCAGGCAGAGAUCCAGGCAGAGAUCCAGCCAGUGAUCCAGCCAGUCAUCCAGGCAGAGAUCCAGCCAGUGAUCCAGCCAGUCAUCCAGCCAGUCAUCCAGCCAGUCGUUCAGCCAGUCAUUCAGCCAUCCAUGACAGACCAAACGGCUGCCCAAAUAACCGCCCAAGGACCAGCCAUUUCACCAGUCCCAACAGCCACCAUAUCGCCAUUCCCACACCAUCACCCGGUCCACGCAAACGCGCCAUUUCCCACCAUUCCAUCCCCCCCAUGGCCAAACGUCGGGCCCAUCCCAUAUUCCCGUCGACGGCAUAUGACCAGGGGCCCAUGCAACGACAGACGCAGCACGCGGAGGCGGAUGGACAGGAAAUCGAGUCCAUCCGGGAACAGUUUGACCGGUGGGCCGGGCAAUGUCGAUUAUGCGGGAUGACAGGGCAACCAGCGCACCAUAGGAUUGGCAAUUGUCCCCAUCCACAGGCACAGAUUGCGCAGUCAUGGAUGGACCAGGUGAUCGAACAGGUGGUCCAUCAGCCACGGGGGGCCGGACGGCGAGGGUAUGAGGCAUAUGCGGCAUGUUUUGGAUGCCAUUCCCCGCAGUGGAUUUGCCAACAGUGGGAGAGCAACGGCUACGGUGGUUACCAGAAGACGCACGAGCGGUGUCAAUAUCCCCAUGUGGCGAUUCCGAUCAUGGGACAGUUAUUGCAUGGACCGCAGCGGCAUUCCAUCCGUGUAGCAUGGCAACAGCGAAUGCAGGCCCAGUUCCCCGGGGUGGACAUUGACGAUGAGCGAGGGUUGAUUGGACAUUUCCAACGGCGAUUUGGGCGACGUGGUGAGGAGCGCAGCGGAUUGGUGGUAGAGAUGAAUUGGAUGUGUGAAUUUAUCGAGCGGGAAUUCCCCGCGUGA